GGUAGUCUUGUCAUUUCGGUUCUCACAAAUAUGUUUAUAUAUAGACGAAAAUGAAAUGGUAGGGUUGUAAUUUAGAGCUGUAGGAUUGCAGUCUGUACUUUAGCAUGGCUUUCACGGUGUUCUUCCUCCAGCUAAACAUCGUCCUUUCUAGUGCGAUAGCGCAGCAAUUGAGCCCAACUUUCCUUGGCUACACCUCCGUGAAGAUCAAUAACAAUGUCGACAUCGGUGGAACCAACGAGUACGUUGAUGUCAACGGCACUAGGUACAACAUCCGAGUAUUCCGUGGUAUUCCGUACGCUGAGCCACCGAUAGGAGAGAGAAGGUUCAAACCUCCAGAGAAGAAAGCGCCAUUCGUGACAUCAUUUAAUGCAACUCAGUUCGGGGAUGCCUGUAUGCAGAAUGCUGUAGGAAUUCGGACUGCAUCGGAGCCACUCGCUCACACGAAUAUUAGCGAGGAUUGCUUGUAUUUAAACAUCUAUGCCCCUGCAGACAGAACCAAGAAGAAUUCCGUGAUGGUGUAUCUCCACGGCGGAGCGUGGGUGAUAGGUUCCGGAAUGCGGCAUGAUGGUUCCGCCCUAGCCGGCUACGGCGAUGUUGUGGUGGUGACGCUGAACUACCGGCUUGGUGUUUUUGGGUAUCUGAGCACAGGUGACGUAAAUGCCCCAGGAAACAACAGUGGUGAUGGUGAUGCUGUUUUUGAAGUGAUGAUUCGGAAAGGGCAGUUGCCGGCGCUCGGAAUUCAGCCAUCUGACUACUAUAUAACAAACGACCAACUCAAAAAUUUGAUACCUGGAAUCUUCGAGAACUGGCCCAAUCAUGACGGGAUCGCUGAAGCGGUGUUGCAUGAGCUUCUUCCAUACGGUAACAUUACCGGACGGCAAGGACGGGACGCCAUAAUUGAUCUAUUUUCGGACGAGACUUUCAUCAUGCCGGCCAUCGCUACAGCUCGAGUCCAUGAGCGAAUGGAACCAGCCUCCAGGACAUUUCUGUAUUACUUUGACUACAUCAGUUCGGUUGGUAUGUCAAAAUUUCGCCCAGAGAAAGCAGCACAUAGAGCAGAACAAGCCAUGCUGUUUGGACCAUUCGUAAACGACUCAUCAAUGCUACCCACUAAAUUGACAGGCGUGGAUGCCCAAGUCCAUUUUGCGUUGCUCACGUACUGGACAAACUUUGCAAAAUAUGGGAACCCAAGUGGUGAUGGAACUACGGCAACAAAAACCCGCACCGCGUUUCCCGAAUGGCCCGAGUUCACUGUGGACAAGCAGCAAUACAUGAACAUCGCCGCCAACAGCACCUCAGUACUACUCACAGUCAAGAAAGACUUGCGAGCCAAAGCAGCCGCCUUCUGGUUGGAUUACAUACCAUACCUAGCCAACCAGACCUGCCCAGUGUUCAGUGUCGUAUGCCCUUCGUGUCCCCCGAUCAUGGAUCAGUAUAUCAGCUAUCUCCGCCUGACUGUCGGUCAAGCUGAUGUUGUAAUCAUCGUAUUCGCUGCAACACUCGCUUUCUUUACUUUCGUUAGUCUUAUCCUGCUCAUCUGCUACAUCAGACUGAGGAAGGAACUGUUGAGGCAGAAAUAAUCAUCAUAUACUCAUGAAUUUGAAAGAACCGCAUCUAAUGCAUGAACUUAUAUGUCUCAGAAGUCAGUAUCUAGAGGUCUAGAAAUCGCCUGCCAUAUUGGACAUUGACGUAGACUGAAUAUGAACAUGUGAUCAAUACAGUUACUUCUUUGCCUUCGCCUGAUGCUAAUGAGUGGCAACAGUCAAUAAAUGGUAGACUGGUACUCAUGCUCUUUGCAAGUUUCAUAGGUGAGUCUUUGGUAGAAAAAGUAUUCGCCUAUGUUCACUUAGUUCGUGUUCAUUGUUAAAAUGAUUUCAAUCAGAACGGACUCGCCCAGUAGCAUGUCACUAUCACGCAAGAUAAAUCAUGCAGUUGUUGUUUAGCUCGAGUACCUAAAAUUGUGCAUUUUUCUUGAUAUACGUUUAUGGCGAAUAUCUAUGGCAUAACAUCUGACCCAUAUAACUCGUUUUCAUCGAUAUACAACCGGAUUAACUUUAUGACUCCUGUCAGUCUUUACAAUAGAUAUCUCAACUUGAAUAAUACACGUAAAGCCCACGUUAAUAAUGCGCUUCACAUGAGAGCGGUUUCAUUCACUUCCUCCACAAAGGACCUGUCUUAAUAAAAGCUUUCAAAAAUGUG